GAAAGUUUUGGUCUUCUACGCUCGUGUCUCCAUAGACAUGGGUGCAAUUCAUGCCCAACACCAGUCGCCUCCGAUCAUAUUCUCGUGAUGAGAGACACUGGUGCAACAGCCGUUUUUCUCAACAGGUAGGCUAGACCUGCUCGUUUUCUCGAUCGAUGCAGCCGGGGUAGCAUUGGACUGUUGGCCGCAGAUCUGGCCAGACUCUCAUCAUCGACGAUACAAAGAAGACCAGAACAUACAUUUGCCCAGGGUCUGCACGACAGAGGUAAGCAAUGUGAACUGCACCGCUCGACUUGAUUUCAACCUCACUCUCUCAACUGCUCUGCUUUUGUUCUUCACGACCAUGGAUACGGCACAGCUGGACGACGCGCUGUAUCGGGCUUGCAUCACAGAAGACUUGGCACAGGUGAAAGUGUUGAUACAGGAACAACAUGCGCAAGUUAACAAAAUCAUCGGUUUCGCUGGACAGCUGGAUUACUGCCUAAAUCACGCAACGAGCACUGGCUCGAUACCUCUGGUGCGCUUUCUGCUCGACCAUGGCGGUGCAACCGUCAACGCAGGGGCAUUACGGAUAGCAGCUUUCGGAGGGGAUUUACCAAUGUUGCAACUCCUGCUUGAACCGAUAAAGGCUCAUUUAACAAAUUCCGGAAUGUCCAGGAAAUGGCGAGGAGAUCUCGCUUCAAUACUCGUCGGCGCAACAAGACGAGGACAAAGUGAAACAGCUGAAGCCUUGAAAGUCUUCCGUUCACGUGUUGACGACUUUGACAAGGCUGUCGAUGCCGGACUUCUUGCAGCAUGCGCUGCUGGCGACAUGCGCUCUGUCAAACACUUUGUCGAUUUGGGUGCCGAGAACAAGGUUGAAGCCAUAUGUACCGCAGCCGAGUACCAUCAAUUGGAACCACUGGAAUACUUUCUGGAGGAACACUCAUUCGAGCCCGAAGAGCUUUUCGAUCCUCUGAUUUCGGCAGCCGCUGGCGGUCGUAUGCCCUCUAUCCUUCUGCUUAUUGAACAUGGAGCCGAUGACGAUUCAGGCGCCGCACUGGCCAAAGCUGCCAAGUUUUCCCACGUAGAGGCAGCACAGCACUUCCUUGGACUCUUCAAGUAUACAACAGACAAGCUCUCGGCAGCGCUUGCAGCGGCAGCUCGAGUAGGCGACACUACGAUCAUGGAGAUGCUCAUUCGUAAAGGCGCUCAAGGCUCAGGAGCCUUGAUACUAGCGGUUCAGAGAAGUCAUCUUGCAGCUACGGAGCUUCUGAUCCGGAACCUUGCACCAACGCAGCAAGAACUAUCCAAGGCGCUGGAGAAAGCAAUGUUUAUCUGGCUACGGCCGGUACAGAUGCGCAGACCAUACAUGUCGAGGACUUCCAGCCACUCUUCGAGAAGCACCAACGAAGAGACUGAGCCGACGAUACCGGAAGUCCUAAAUGAUAGGGAAGGGUCUCGAAAACGCAUCGUUGAGGUGCUUCUGGAAGCUGGAGGUCGACUAUCCGAGCUUUACUAUUGCCGACUUCUGGAAAUGAUGAUUCUUACUCAGAAUCGAUAUGGAGUUGAGCUAUUGCAAGACAAUGCAAGAUUCACGAUGGUGGAAACAUUGCCUGAUGAGUACUUGAUCAGCCUGGCGAUUUAUCAUCAGCAAGACGAUAUGGUCAAUCUAUUACUCGGCUUCCCUGUGGCGCACAAAUCAGAGCCCGAAGAAGCAACGGAGCUGAGCAGCGUUCAGUCAAUUGCCGAAAAUAAGCUUGCAUGGGAAUCGAAAGUCUACAAUCCAGUCCCUAGUCCGCUUAUACUGGCCGCAAAGCUUCAAAAUGAGCAAUGGUGUAAGACGCUAGUCAAAAGCGAGGAGACGGACAUCAACGAGUGGUGCUCUUACAAGCCAAGCAAGAGACUUUUGAGCUAUUACGGCUCCGACAGAAAAACACAAACACCAAAAGAAGAACAAUAUGAAGAACUUGGAUGCCCAUUCGGCACGGAAGAACUACGCGACUGCGCCCUGUCGAUGGCCGUUCGCUCCAAGGAUAUACCCAUAACGCGUAUACUCAUCGAAAGCGGCGCAGACCCGUGGGUCAAUCGACAAGGGAUCUCUAUCUUCGAGCUAGCAGCUAGGGAGAACUGCCUACAAGACGUCGAAACGUUCUUGGAGCAGGGCACGGCCGUGAUGACAAUUGAUCGGAGAGAAUGGGAUGGCGGGAGAAGCAUGCUACAUUGGGCUGCGAUGUAUGGCACUGGUGGUUUGAUCGAUCUGCUUUGCAAGAAGGGAGCUACGAUCGAUCUCACAGAUGCAAUGCACACAACACCAUUACAUCUGGCUGUUGCUGCCGGAAAUAUAGGCACAGUAAAAGGAUUGCUUUGGGCUGGAGCGAGGACGUCACUGAGAGAUGUCGGAUACUGCCUAUGCGUUGACGAACUUGCUGCGAAGCUAGCACAAGAAGCUUCUUGGGCGGAUCCAUUAAGGGCAGUCAGAUUCGACAUCAGCCGAUUCUUAGAUGAGUGGGUGCGGAAUAAUAUGGAUCACCUGGAUGCUGCCAACAUCCGUAGAGAAUCGAAAGCAGCCGAAGAAAGAGCAAAAGUGGCAGAGGCUUCACGGUCAGUAGACGCCGAUCUUGUAGACCAUUUCAGUGACGAGGAUAGCGUGCAUUGGAGCGACGGAGAGUAAUGUGGGUAUUUAGCAAGUAUUCCUCUACAGACAGACACAAAUUUGACGGCAGCGGUAAAUGGAACUUGACAUUAUAUCAAGAAUAUCGAGUGAUGAUGGAGAGAGUGUGUAAAUCGUGGAGAGAAGCCGCUGGGCCCCGGAAUCGGUCGGGACGAGGACUCGGUCGUAACUUCUGUCUGGGGUGACAAAACAGAUGGUACGCUGGAGCUCGGCAGGAAGGUACAGGCUGCACUGAACGACAUUGUGAGUAGUAAGAAUUGUAGAAGAGGUGAGAGCGAAGGGUCGCUUUGCUUUUGGAAAGUGCGACAGGUGUAAGUUGGGUACAACAAGGUGAUAUUGUGUCAGUACGCAGGGCUCACAGAGCUACGAAAUUCAAAAAGCUGUCAAAAGGUGUGGCCAUUUCGGACGCUUUGACCCCCGUCCGAGUGCUUCGUUGCGGCAAAUCUCGUUCAACCUCACCCUCCUCCUAGAACCGACCUCUCAUCACCCUCUAUCUC